ACCCUUUGGGGAAAGGCGAACGGCUGCAGGGAGCACUCGGGACCUGCCUUUGGUGAACCAUGGGGCUCAGUGACCAGGAAUGGCAGAAGGUCCUGACCAUCUGGGGAAAGGUGGAGGCCGACCUUGCUGGCCAUGGGCAUGAAGUUUUAAUGAGACUCUUUAAGGACCACCCUGAGACCUUGGAUCGCUUUGAAAGGUUCAAAGGCCUGAAGACCCCUGAUCAGAUGAAGGGCUCUGAAGAUCUGAAGAAGCACGGAGUUACUGUCCUCACCCAGCUGGGCAAAAUCCUGAAGCAGAAGGGUAAUCAUGAGUCGGAGUUGAAGCCCCUGGCUCAAACCCAUGCAACCAAGCACAAAAUCCCAGUCAAAUAUCUGGAGUUCAUUUCUGAAAUCAUUAUCAAGGUCAUUGCCGAAAAACACUCUGCAGACUUUGGGGCUGAUGCCCAGGCUGCAAUGAAGAAGGCCCUGGAGCUGUUCCGAAAUGAUAUGGCCAGCAAGUACAAGGAGUUUGGUUUCCAGGGGUAGCACAUAUGCACAGAGGAACACCACGAUGGAGGCCUGGCCAUGCAUCUUAGAGUAGCUUCCCCAGCACUAUUUUGGACAUCUCACAAUUGGCCAUCCGAGAUGUAUGGGAAAGUUUUGAUGAGAGGCCAACAGUCACUCCAGGCAGCAUAGAGGCACUCUGAGUGAUAGCCAUGAUAAACCGUUGCUUCCUGGCUUCAUGUAUACAAGAGAAAUAAUCUGCUUUCUUAGGAAAAA